AUGUCUAUGGACCCAGCUGUCCAGCAGAGUCAGACUUCGGUGGCUGGGCAGGGAGCCCAGGCACAGGUUCCUGUAAGUGCAAAAGCAUCGGCUGACUGUAAAGAGGGUUGUGUGACUUUUAAUGACGUGGCUAUCUACUUCUUGAGGGAGGAAUGGACACUGCUUGAUGGCUCUCAGAAGCGUCUGUACCACCAUGUGAUGAUGGAGGUCUUCGUUCUCAUGUCCUCAUUGGGACUCAUACCUUCAGGGACCCAUGACAUCACUCAGCUAGAGUCUUCAAGAGCUCACUUCAUCCCUGCACUGAGAUUUCUGACUCCAAGAGUUGAGGUUGAAAAGAUACGUUGUGAGAAGAACAUUUCCAGUGAAGAAGGGCUUAAUGUGACCACGCCCCAACAGCAAGAACUGAGCUGUGCUGAGAAAUCCUUACAGAGAAAAGAGAACAGGAUACCAGUUGUGAAGAUCAAGAAAUGCGACCUUGCAGACAAGGGUUUUCAAAGCACAGACAAUGUGAGGGACCCCCAGACUCCCUCAGGUCCUCUUGGGCAUCAUGCGACUCACAGUAAUACAGAGCCACCCCGGAGCACUGAGAGAAAAAAGGCCAUUCACAGUAAGAAGAGAAACUUCAAAUGCUGUGACUGUGGCAAAUCCUUCAGUUGUAAGUCUCUGCUUAUUCGACACCGGAGGAUACACACUGGAGAAAAGCCUUUCAAAUGCACUGAAUGUGAGAAAUCCUUCAUCCAAAAGGCUGACCUGAAUCAACAUGUCAAAGUUCACACUGGGGAGAAGCCUUACAGAUGCAGCGAAUGCGGGAAAGAUUUCAAACACAACCGCUCCCUCGUUGGGCAUCAAAGACUUCACACGGGAGAAAGACCUUAUAAAUGCAGCCAGUGUGGGGAGUCAUAUAUGAACAAAUCCAGCCUUAUACGUCAUAAUCGACUCCAUACUGGAGAAAAGCCUUACAAGUGCAGCGAGUGUGGAAAAUUAUUUAAGGAAAGAUCCAGCCUUGUUUAUCAUGCCCGAGUGCACACUGGAGAAAGGCCCUUUAAGUGCAGCCAGUGUGGGAAGUGUUUUAAAAAAAACUCACACCUCGUGAAACACCGAAAAGUUCACAGCAGAGGAAAACCUUUCAAGUGCAAUGUGUGUGGGAGAUCCUUCACUAUGAGGUUCAGCCUCAUUAGACAUCAGAGAUUUCACACUGCAGCAAAGCAUCAUGAGUGUAAGGACUGUGGGAAAGUGUUUUGCUACAGAACUGGACUUUCUAGACACCGGAAGACUCACGCCGAAAGAAGGAUUGAGUGGCAUGAACAUGGGAGAUAGUUUUUAUCAUCUACUGUAUGCACACAACAGAAUGUUCACUGGACGAACAUCAAGAAUGUUUCAAGUAUGAGGAGCCCUCACCCACACUUCCAUCCUAUUUCACUGGAGAGGCCACAGUACUGGGAUGCAUCACGAGCCCACUGACUCUAGGAAAGCCUUUGAGCAAAUGUCUGCUCUCAUUAGUAUUAUAUGGAAAACCCAGAUAGGUCUGUGAAUGCA